AUGCUUCAGAUUCAGAUUUUGCCAAAACGAGCGUUUCCAGGUCGAGGUUGCAUCAAGCGGCAGAAGAGCAGAAAAGAAAAGCAGAUCCAAUUGCGUAAGCUUCUCUCGGAAUUUCUUUUGGAAUCUCCUAAUUCUCAGAUAAUGAAACAGUUCAUCUUAGAAGUUCGAUACUUGAAAGUCAUGAUGACAUUGCUGAGGGUUUUCAUUGCUAAUCCUAAUAAGCCUCGAGAAGUAAAAAUUAUUUUGUCGAAAAACCAGGAGAAGCCACUAGAAUUGCUUCAUAAUCUGUCCCCAGGAAAAGGUUCAGAAGAUGAACAAUUUGAGGAGGGAAAGGAGUUUAUCAUCAAGGAAAUUGAAAGACUAUCGAGCUAAGUUUUUUUUUCCUACUGCAGCUGUGUGAUUUUGUAACAAGUCCUUUUGUGACCUGUAUAUCCAAAGCUAAUUUUCAUGUUGCUGUUUAUAGGCAACUUAAGGUCCAUGAGUUUAUGUGGACAAGACACCAACUAUGUGUUUGUAAAACAAACUGAGUUAAAAUUAUCGAGCUUUCAUACUGGUAUAGUGAAGAUGCCAUUGGGAAUGAUUGACUGCACAUGAGUUCACAUUCUUCUCAUCAUUUUCAGUUCU